UUGAAGACGAAGGCGCUCUCUUAUCAACUAAAUCUUUAUAUACUGUAUAUAUACAUAUGUAUGAAAUUAAUUUUACACAAUUUAUGACAGCUAUGAAUCUUCAAAUUAAGCCAUUGAACAGCUUAGCUUACAAGUCAAGCGUGCCGGUAUUUAAAAUAUCGUUGUAGUGAAGCUUUUAAAAUAAGCGAAAAGAUAAGGUUUAGCUAGUAUUAUCACUGGCGAUCUGUUGUUGUAGUCAUAGUGGACCGUUUUGGCCAAACCGAGGCUGUCAGUCUUCCACGCUUCUGGAAACAGUUUUUUUUAAAGACGUCCAGUUCGACAGACGAAGAAGCGCUCAGCAUGCAGAGGAGGAUAAACUGUCAACAGACGGAGGUGCUCGCUUGCACUUGCGUCGUCCUCUUGGGCUCGGCUGCUGCUCGGUGUUAACGGGCCGUAAUCUGGCCAGCAAAGAGUGGGGCAGUUAGCCAGUUGAGGCUAUGGCGAGGUCAUCCGUUUGUUGUUGGUUAGUUGGCUUUUUAUAGCACGGUCAGUCCAGUCCUACUGGGCCGCUGACCUUCUUUUGGUCCAACGGAGACAACGCGCGACCUUGGAGACGUCAUGGAUUUGACUCGGUUGGCUGUGGAUGCUGGUCAGUUCAUCAACCGCGCUGUUCAGUACACUGGAGAGAGUCUAGGACAGGCCGAGAAGACUGAGUUGGACUCCGGACUAGAAGAGCUCUUAGCACAGGCAGACGCCACCAAGACGUGGACGGACCAGAUAAUCUCCCAGACUGAGGUUUUACUGCAGCCAAGCCUUGGAGUGCGGUUAGAGGACCGGCUGUAUCAGCAUCUGGAGUGGAGCAUCCCACCUCGGCCUCGUGCCAUUGAGUUACUAGGAGAUCAGAUGACUCAGGCUGGGCUGGAACUUGGGUCAAACACACCCUAUGGUACUGCAUUGAUAAGGUGUGGAGAGGCUCAGAAGCAGCUCGGCGAGGCAGAGAGGAAGCUUGUCCAAAGCACUAACAUUCACUUUCUCACUCCCCUGCGCAGUUUCACUGAGGGGGAAUAUAAAGUCGUAGAGAAUGAGCGUAAGAUGUUGGUGAAUAAGCGUUUGGACUUGGAUAUAGCUAAGGCCAGGCUGAGGAAAGCCCACGAGGCCGACCAAGAGACCAGAAACCUGAAUGCCAACCCACUGGAAGACGACUACUUGUCUCAUGUCUCCUACAUGUUCAGCUUCUUGCGUGUUAAAUGGCUAAAGAUUUGGGCUCAGGAAAUCUCUCAGGCAGAGAUGGAGCUGAGGAUCUGUCAGAGUCUUUUCGAUCGACAGUCAGAAAUCACAAGACGUGUUGUGGAAGGACUCAGCAACACCCACACAAACCACAUGCGGAGCCUCACGGACUUCGUGGAUGCUCAGGCCUGCCACUUUGCUCAGUGCAGCCAACAUGCUCAGGCGCUGCAAAAGCAGCUGGCUAGCAUUCCAGCCGUCUUCUGUUCCAAUAACUGGCAGUCUGCAAUUAGUAAUCCCAUUAAUCGGCCAUCAACAAGCAACCACGAGGCUAAUGAACCCACCAGGUUGAAUCACAUCACUCCACUACCUGUAGCCAUCAACCAACUUCCAGAUUUUGACCAGGACUCAUGGACUUUAAAUUCACCUCCCCAAACUGUGAAUACAACAAAUUCCUCUUCAACUGCACUGCUGACUGACCAGACAAAUAACAACAAUAACAACAUCAUCACCUCCACCGUCAGCCAAACACCCAGCAACCGUUCACCCAUCAAUAGCCAGUCAGCUACCAAUCAAACAAUUGGCCAUGUCUCUACACCAAACCAAACAGAUCCGUUCCAAGCACCCAGCAGGACGGUCAGAAUGGCUGUUGCUUCGACUCAGGCGCCGACAUUCAGUACAGCAGCUUCCCCACCUUCACAAACCAGUGCAACCUCUGGCAUUAAUGGAGGAGAUGUCCAAGAGCCUUCAUCAGGCAGUCGCGAUGUGGUGCAGUAGAGACAGCUGGUCUGGAACAUGGCGUCAGGCUAGAGUAUUUCAGCUUGGACUGGAGCUUCAGCUGAUGUAGACUAGUGGUAAUUUGGCUUCAUAGAGACCGCAUUAGAUAAACAGUGAUUAUACCACGUUUCAGUUUUAAUUAAUCCCAAUUGGAUUAUAAUGUGACGUUGCUUAUUUUUUUAAAGCGUGAUGUAGUGCCACAUUAAUUUUAGACUUUGGCUGUGUCCAUGUAUUAUUCAUGCUCUAUGAAAAUGAUGGCAGUAGAUUUAAAGUCUGCUCCGUGUGUAACAUUUCCUGGCUUCAGGCUGGAAGAUGAGGCUAACAGACUGUUCUCUUUUUGCAGUGUAAAGUUGGUUUCUGUCAGUAUCUGUGAAACUAAUCUUAAUUGUUUUGUUUGUUUGUUUUUUACAUUCAGCUCAGUGAGAACUAAUCAAGCUCUGUGCCAAGUGUAUGUGUUGGUGUGAAGACAUGAAUUUAUGUGUGAGUGUGUGUCUCAGUAGCCCAUGUGAACUUGUGUUUACAGUUUGCCCCAAACCUGUGACACCUUUAAAAAGAAGUGUAUGUGCAUAUAUGUGACUCUGCCACCUCUUGACUCGUGUUUCUGCAAGGUGAGGUCAUUUUCCAUAUGAAACAGUUUCACUUCUGUCUGUGCGCAUUUGUGUUGGGGAACUCAAAGAGGUGACUGGACCUUUAUGCUUCCUCAUAGGCACUCUGGGUGUUUCCCCAUACAUACACUCAUGUUUCACCCUUUUACCCCCUUAAAGCCCCCAUUUAGUGAAAUGGGUGGAAGUUUCCAUGUCUAGAUAUUAAUUUUCUUCAUGAGAACCAGCCUGCCUAACAUGGGUCCGCUCUGAAGGGAACCUGGAUGGAAAUGGACAUUAAUGUAAUAUUGGCCAUACGGAGGUAAUCACCUACUAGCUCAGUACUUUUGUCCCAGUAUGUAAAGAUGUGUCUGGGUUUGGAUACUCUGAGUGUUCACAUCAGAACUGCUGAUAGUUUUAAAUUGUGCAUGCAUGCAGUCGUGAUUCAGCUAUGAGUUGUUGAGCUGACGUCAGUAUGGGUCUGAGUUUGCACUUGAUUCAUGUGGAAAUAAAUACGCAAACGGUGAUGUCAUGCUAAUCUAAAUCAAGCGGAGAGUCUAUCUUUGUUUUCCAGUCAAGGUGUUUCUGAAAUUUUCUUGUUCAGUUCAUGUAGCCCACGUUCCCAUCAUAGCAACCAUCUGUCUUAGAUUUACACUCGGUGACAAUUACUUUCAGGCUGAGGUCUUUAUCAGGCCUCCAAAUAAAUUCUUUUUUGUUUCACAUCUAACACACUGCCAAGCUUGCAGUUAAUCUAGGCUUGCUUCACUACUUUUUUUUUUUUUUUAAUACAUAUGAGUGAGCCCUUCUUAUGUAGAGCAUGAAUCACAACAUUUCAACACAUGCACACAAGCUGAAAUACUUACCCAAAAUUGCUGAUAAAAAUAUGUGUGUGUGUUUCUACUGCUUUUUGCUCCCACUUGACCUUUUUUUCUGUCUGGGGCUGUCCAAACAGAUUAGAUCGAUUAAGAGCAGUUGGUGUGAUACCGAUCGAAGCAAAGCCUGUGGUUCAUUAAUACCAUUAUGACACAUUUCUGGGUAUCAAACUGUAUCUUUUAGAGGGGCGGACGUGCAGCCACUGCUGAAGGAAGAUUAAAUUGUGUUUCAUUCUUGCUACUUUUUCCUAUAACUCAGCAGAGAAAAAUAAAUCUGUCCCCAGAUGUUCAUGAUCGUUCUUCCUCUGCACUGACAAAACAAGUCCCUGUCACAAUUCCAGCAUAUUUUUAUAUUUCCGUUAUGCACUUUGGCCUUGAGCAGAUCACUCGUAAGUCUUGGUAUGAUUCUUUUGUUUGAUAGAGGAAGGAAAGGAAUGUUUUGGAGAUCUGGUUAAGAUGAGUGAGUGAGUUAUGAAACCAGAUAAAGGAAAUUGGGCUUUAUUUAUUUAUUUUUUUAAAACUAAUUUGGCUUCUACUGUUGCACUACUUUAGGGGCACAAGUUAUAGUUACAAAACAUACCUUUUGUUUUCUAAAGAGCUCUUAUUUUGACAUUUUAGUUCCAUUAAGUUUAGAGACUUGUUAACCUUCUAGUAUGCUCAGUAUGUUGUUUUUAGUGUUUGUGGCCAUUCCUAGUUUACUGUAUUGGUAUGUUGUUAUUUACAAGUAACAGUUAGUGUGGCAAGAGGCCGAAGGGAAUGCUAUUACAUUUGGGGUAUUUCGCAGUGUGUGUGAACCAAUGACGGCCUUGAGAAAUCAUCAAAUGAUCAGUAAAUCCAAAAUAUCUCACCACAGUGGCAUUAAAAGUUAGUAUCCCUCAUCUGGGGACCAGGAAUAUUCAGCGCUAAUCCAUCCAGUACAUUUUUGAGAUGUGUUAAAUUAUUGGUGAAGAAUUCUAGAAUCAUCUGUUGGGCACCAUGGAUAUACACUAGGUACCAAAUGUUAUGGCACUUGUUUUGAAUUCAGUACAAAUGUUCAAGGUGUCCAGAGUUCAACCUGUGAGGGCAUCAUGCUAAUGCAUUGGUAUUCAAAAAUAUAAUUAAAAUUUACUAAAGAAAAAUACUGCAGAGACCUGAUUCUCCUAGCCAAGCUUAAAAAAAAUCAAUCUGUCUCACACAUUUAUUACCUUGCUAUUUCUAACAGGUGAUUUGUCUUCCCCUAAGCUAUAUAAAUGUUCCCAGUGUCUAAGCAUCAUCCUUAUCUACAUUCACCACAGGUUUGAUUGAGAGAGCAGGUAGAGAAAAAUAAUCAAGGUGGACUGGAGUUUAUGAGAAGAUAUACUGAUAUUCAAAGCAUCACAGUUUUACUGCUUCCAUAGGAUUUAAGAGUGCAAAUAUCAGCCAGGUGCUGAUAAUGAAAUGCACAUGAUUGAUUGAUCAUCAGGAAGUGCGAGCACCUGUAUAAAAGCAGAAGUUUUGUCAGGUUUCUGGUCUGGAGCAUUGCCAAUUGCAGUGCCAAUGAAGAAAGAUAUCAGCAAUCGUCUUAAAGAAGUAACUGUUGCUGUCCAUUAAUCUGGAAGGAGUACUGGUCACUGGUCAUGAACUCCUCUGUAUACCGAAGUAUUCUAGAGUCAAUUUUGAUGCCGUCUGUGCGGAAGCUAAAGCUUGGCCGAAACUGGGUCACACAAUCUAUAACAGAAAGGCUGAAAAAGAAAAGAAUGAAGAUGUUGCAAAGACCUCUCCCUUAGAGAUAGGAUGAGGAGCACAGCCAUUCAGGAGGGGCUCAAAGUAGAACUGCUGCUCCUCCACAUCGAAAGGAGCCAGAUGAGGUGGUUUGGGCAUCUGACUAGGAUGCCUCCUGGGUGUCUCUUGGUUGAGGUAUUCCGGGCAUGUCCUACCGGGAGGAGGUCCCGGGGCAGACACAGGACACCCUGAACAGGCUAUAUCUCUCGGCUAGCCUGAGAACGCAUUGGGGUCCCCCUGGAUGAGCUGGUGGAGGUGGAUGGGGAGGUCUGGGCUUCUCUGCUUAGGCGGAUGGAUGGAUGGAUGGAUGGAUGGACAUUUAGAAUUGAAAGUGGGUAUAGUUUCUUUAUAAUGUGACUGUAUGUCCA